AUGAAGGAGGCAACAUGCGCGACGCCUACUGAAUUGCAGAACAGCAAUGACACCACGCUCUUGGAUUUCUUAAUGGUAAUGAUCGUGGGGUGCGUAUUAUUGACCGUACUUUUUCGCGUGCUGUUUUCGAUAUUCCCAACGCCAUCACGGGGUUUUGGAGCCGGCAACAGUAGUCCCACUACUAGCACAAAUGCCCCGCUCAGCCUCAAAUCUGUGAAGCGAGCGACCAGUGUGCGUGACCGUUUGGAACGCGAGACUCGCACACGAUUACCGCGCCGUUCCACAUAUUACUCGAUGCCUUUUUUUGCUGACACGGUAUCCAACAAACAAGAGUUUGUGGAGAGCCUUAUGGAUCUGGGCGACGCUCGACUUGAUGGAUGGUUACUCGUUAAGAAAGGCCUGCAGCGUGCUAAACACUGGCAGAAGCGUUUUGUGGUGCUUGACGCGCACGGUAGAAUGAGGUAUUACCCAAACGCAGAUGCUGCGAGGCGCAAUUCAAACAUCAAAGGAUCACUUGCAGUGCACGCUGUAAAGCCCGCGGAUCCAUUUGAGUUCGGAGCCAACACCCUCGAGGUCAGAGGUACGCUUGGUGGUACCUAUUUUUUCAAGGCGGAAGAUGACAUGGCUGCGCGCUCGUGGCUCUGUGUACUCACGAUUCGCGCUAUUCAGGGCCAUGUCCCCGGACGAAUUGAUAGCGUGCUCAGCGCUGCGGUUGCUUUACCGCUUAUGCAAUUACAGGCAGUGAAUAACGGAAGUGCUUCUUCGCUCGCGUCGUCAUCGUCAAUAAAGUUGCUUCCAGCUUCCGAGUCUGAUGAAAACAGAUUCAAUACGUCAAAUGCUACAGUCAGUGCAAUUAAUGCCGUGGGCAACUCUGGCGAUGACAUCGAGGUCCCUCCCGUGCGUCUUAAAUUACACCAAUUAGAGCUAUUGGUACAAGACAUGACUUAUGAUAAGGACGCAUCACUACGCCAGUUCUACGUGGUGGCCAAGUUUAAAUCCGACCUUCAUGACUACUCUACCGUCCCAGUGGGUCAGACUUCGCCCAAACCCCGAGGUGAAAAGGGCGAAAAAGGAGCCAUUGUUAAGUGGAAUGAAAAGCUGACAUGGCAUUUUCAAGAUCACGUGUGCUCUGAUUGCCGAGAGUGCCGCUCCCUUGGGGCCAUUUCGGGUGCAUUUUGUGGAUUGCCCGAUAUAUUGGUGUUGCAUGUGUAUGAGAUACACUUGCGCUAUCUCACAACAAAAAUUGGUGAAGUGUCAUUGUCUCUUCGCGAAUUGCUAGGUUUUACGGGUAUGCGAACGGCUCACUUUACGUGCGCUUGGCCCGUCACAUCUACCCGUGAUGCAAUUCUCGGUCGGCUGAUGUUAUCGCUUAAAUAUGCAGUGGACAAUGCGGGUGGAACUGAAUUAAUGAAGUUUCUUGUGACGUCGGCCGAAGAGCGCGAACUUGUCGGUGAAUAUCCGCUUCAUUCGUCUUUCACAAGCGCUUUUGACUUUUUUAGCAAAUUUUUAGCUGAUGGAACGUCGGACCGCUUACGUGAUUACUUCAAUGAACGAGGUGACACAGAGAUUGAAAUUGGCGACUGGAUCCCAUCCAAAGAAUUUGGCGGCCAAAUACGCACAAUGACUUGCCGCUCGCCAACAAAUGCUUCAAUUGGACCAUCUCACACUAUGACAACUACAACAGACCACGUGCCUUUUGACGAGGAAGGCGUUAAGGACAAUGAGAAACUUGUAAUGCAGUCGAAGGUUUUUAUGCAUGACAUUCCGUAUGGUGACUGUUUUUCAGUCGAGAAAGUGACUGUUGUGGAACGUGUUCCGUCCGAUGAUGGAAGUCCAGGAAAGCUUGUGGCCAAAAUUUAUCUAGGUGUGCCAUUUUCAAAAGGUUGUAUGUUUAAGUCAAAAAUAAUUAGUGCGACGCGGGAAGCUAUGAUGAGUUCUUCGAGGUUGUACUUCCAUGUUGUAAACCGAUCAAUGGAGAGUCCUGGUGCUAUGAGAACUGCAAUGCCUGCAAAGCCAUUUCUGGUUUCCACAAAAGAGGAACGGCAGAUUGUGGGUGAGUAUGAGUUACAUCCUGCAAUAAAAGAUGCUCUACACUUCUUUGACCUAUUUUAUGCUGAUGAUACGCUCUUUCGAUGGGAGAACAUCCACAAAGAGGCCGGAGACACGGAGCAUGUUGUCAGUAAAUGGGAAGACUCUGCGGAAUUCGGUGGUCAAGUGCGCGAGAUGAAAUACCGUGCCAAAAGUAAUUCUCCGCUCGGACCAGCUUCUACGAUGGCAGAACAAUUGGUGCAUGUUCCGUUCACCUCCCAUGAUCGCGACAGCAUUGAUGCAGAUCGCCUUGUGAUUGAGCACAAAUUGACUCUGCUCGAGAUUCCAUACGGGGACUGCUUUCACGUCGAGACUGUGUAUGUGAUAGAGCCUCGAACAGAUGCAAUCGGAUCCCCAUUGGUCGCUAAAGUGUACAUUGGAAUUCCUUUUUCGAAAAGCACUUUAUUUAAGUCAAAAAUAACGUCGGCCACGAAAGAAGGAGUCGUGAAAAGUACAAAUAUGGUUUUUGAAGGGCUGAAAAAGGUACUAGAUACGGAGGAUUCUUUGCCGUCAGACGCAGCACCAAAUUCCAACGCGGCCGAGAAUCAUACAACAAUGCACAGCAAUUCGCGAAGGAGCAUGUCGACAAGGGGUGGACCUCGGCGCCGCCCGAGCGUGGCACGCUACAACAGCACCCUCGAUGGAAGUGUUGCGCUUGAGGAGAUUUUCGAAAAUCAGCGGGUCAGCAUGUUUGGCAAAUGGGCUCCCAACCACCUGCUGCCAACAGACCGACCACGCUUUUCAAAUCGAGAUGGUGACAAGGCGAUGAGCUUCGAGCAAGUAUCUCUCCCUCCUCAUUGGAGUUGGACAACUCCCUGGCGAAUCGACAAAAAUUACACAGACUGUGAUGAGGAAGGCUGGAGUUACGCAACAGAUUUUCCGCGGUUUAAGUUUCAUCUGGCCAGAGGUAAGUCAAGCAUGAAGCGUUUGGGGGCAUCAGUGCGACGCCGUCGUUGGAUUCGCAUGAUGGCGUUCGUGCCAGUGGAGGCAAAUAAUGACCUUACAAACCCAAAUCAGCUCAACAUUGGUCGCCGUAAUCGUAACCGCGUCAGUCAAAGCAGUAGCAGCAGUUCAAUUGGAUCUCAGUAA